CCUCCAGCCAAUCAGCGUAGGAUCCGAUAAACGUUCCUGGCGUUAUGUCUGCAUCCUCGCUCCGUCUGUUGUAAGGAUGUGAUGAUGUAUUUGAGUUUAACACAUAGGUAAGCAGCUAAGCGUUUACCGUGCUCUUCGGUUGUUUUCGGUGAGAUCUCGUGCGUGAUGCGGUGGCUGAAGCUGGCGGACAUGGCGGACGGAGAGAGACGGUCGGUGCAGAAUCCGAAGAAAUGAGCGAAUCAGAACGCACAGAGACUUCAUUACAGGCCGUUCGCUACAUAUAAUAAUAAUAACACGAUGAUCCUGACAGCAUAUAUGGACACCUGUGUCCUUCACCAGGCUCAAGCGGUGUGGCCAUAGCAGCAGUUCUGGAGGAAGAGGAGCAGCGAGUGUUUCGGUGGCGCCACGCCCUGCUGCAGGGCAUGGAGUACCACAGUUCAGGGACAGUGCCUCUCCUGGGAAGCCCUCGCUACUGUCCUGGCACCAACAGCGCUAGCGGCUACCUCUGUCAGACCGGACACUGCUGUCAGGAGACGGGCUGCUGCACCUACUACUACGAGCUGUGGUGGUUCUGGCUGCUGUGGAGCGUGCUCAUCUUGUUCAGCUGCUGUUGUGCGUAUCGUCACCGUCAGGCGAAGCAGCGCGUUCAACAGCAGCAGAGACAGAGAGAGAUCAACCUCAUGGCUUACCACGGAGCCUGCAGUUACCCGUCCUCCAUGUUUGACCUCAGUUUCCUCGCCUCACUCAAACUGCCGUCCUAUGAGGAAGUAGCAGCCCAACCUAGCACCCCGCCCCCUCCCUACAGCUCCGUUGCCUACCCACGAGGCUCCGCCCACCCCGGCCCCAGUCACAUGCUGUCAUCACAGAGCUCUGACAACUACACCAGCUGCUCCUGCGACUCCUGCUGUCCGUCAUCACCCUGUAGCUCCUCCCCUUCUUCGGCCCAACUCACCGAUGAAACUGAUACUAGCCACGCCUCCACGCCCUCUCUCAGUGAGCCUGGCCACACCCACUCAGCGGUCAUGCACACUGAGUGUGUCCCAAUACUGCCAAUCAACGAAGGCGGCCAAUCGCCAACACAAAGCACAGACGAAGUCAUGGAGGCGGAGCUUCCAAGCUCCACCCCUCUGGAUUGCAAUGGGAGCAACAAACCAGUAAAAAGCAUUACUAGUAGCACAGAUAACAUUACUGAAAAAGUAGAUGCAUCUCAAAAUAUUAGUACUAACAAUAUCUGCGAUGCAACCAGCGUUAAUAACAUUAACAGUCCAAAUUCAACGAAUAUCACCAGCCUUUGUCAUCCGACUCCACCAUCCUCCCCAUCACCUCUCCAGCUCUUCUCCAUGUCUGACCCGCUUGGUGUUUGCCCCAAGCAGCAGAAUAAUGCAGCUCAGAGGGAGGAGCCUGCACAGGCCCCGCCCCCUCAGUCUCCACCCAGACCCGCUCUCUUUUCUCCCAGCAUCGAACCGGAGCGCCGCGAUUCGGCCGUAAGCGAUCUGGACGUAGACCAAACGCACUUCCAGCAGCGACGACUGACCGGUGACUCUGGCAUUGAGGUCUGCCGCUGUCGCGUAGAACGUGAAGAGGAGGAUGAUGAUGAAGAAGAAGGAAAAGAAGAAGGAGGAGGACACUUACCAGCAGAGUCGGCCAAUGGAACGGAAGACGCUCUUCAUGAUAGUCCUGACUGUUCGGCCAGAGCCAUACCGGAUGGGGGCGGGAAAAAGGCGUGGCCUGUUUCAUAUGUGGCUCCGCCCUCUGACACAGUCGUCAUCGCAAUGGAAACUGACUGAGAGUGAUGUUAAUAGUACGCAACUCUUGUUCGGAGAGAAACCCUUUUUUUUUAAGUUUUAGAAAAAAGUAUCUUCAACUAACCAAGGCUGCAUUUAUUUGAUCAAAAAUACAGUUAAAAUGUGAAAUAUUAUUACAAUUUAAAACAGCUGUUUCUAUGUGAAUAAAGUAUUUUUACUGUAUGUUUAAUCAAAUAAAUGCAGCCUUGGUGAGCAGAAGAGACUCUUUCAGAAACUGUGGCACUGACACACCAGAUCACAAAACCAGGCCAAACCUUUGAUCUGACCAGUCAUGAGGACAUUAAAAUAGAAAGAAAAAUAUUUUUUCCAUUAAAAAAAACAAAACAUUUUUAUUUAUUUUUGCAUUGGAAUGUAGAAGAAUUUGAUUUGGGGAAAACAAAUCUACAUUUUAAUAUGUAAUGCAUCAUUUUUGUUAGAUUUUUGGCCAUUCCUAGUGAAAGGUUUUUGGUUGUGAUGUGAACUCUAGGGUAAAGUGAAUUGAAGAUACAGACACGUGCAAACACACGUAAACAUGGACGAUGUUCUGCCUGGAUGAACAGAACGAACCCUAAAAACUUUCUUACUCUCUCUCUCUGACGGUCCGGCUGCUUCUUUUGCUCAUUAGUUUUACACAAACACCAACAGUUGUGAAAACCAACACCCUUCCCAUGGAAUUCUGGGUAAUGCAGAAGAUGAAAAGCGAGUGUAAACACAGAAAGCAGUUCCUCCACACCAGCUCGGCCGAACAGAUGCACUGGAGAAGAAUGGAGAUGCACCUCAGGACUUCUGCGGUUCAACCUUCGUUUACAUCUCCACGUCAGACGCUGAUACACCAUCGUUCAUUUACAACAUGCAGGCGGGUGAAUCUCAUCAGAUAGGUCAAAGUUAUAAUAUAAAUAUAAAUUAUAUUAGAAUAAAAUGAUAUAGGAAUUUAUUUUGGGAUGUGGUGAUGUGGAUGUGUCUUGGUGAGAUUCACUCUGUCUGAAGACUGACAGCGAGCAGCUGUUGAAACAGUCACACACAUACACAUACACAUAUAUAUAUAGUUAUAUAUGAAAAUAGAUCUAAUUCUACAACUCUAGUAGCUUCAGAUGAAUAUAUAAGCUGUGUGUGGAUAUGAAAUUAUCUAUAUUUUGUAAGCAUGCUGUUAGGAGUGUUUGUCAGAGGCCUUCAGUGUUUCCACCAUCUCUGUUACCACGAUGACCCCCUGGAGUGUGUGUGUGUGUGUGUGUGUGUGUGUGUGUGUGAUGCCGAUGUGAAGCUGUAAUUCUGACUUUAAAGACAACGCUUUACUCCAACGACACCAUCAGCCGCCCGUCCUGUAAUCUCUGUUUGCACAGUCAGCGCUCUCUCUCUCUGUGUGUGUGUGUGUGUGUGUGUUUUACGAGUCACCGGUGCUUUAAUGAGAACUGAUGAAUUGUGAUUGAAUAAAUUAAAUAGAAUUGAUCA